GCUCCCCCCUCAGGCUUCUCCCCCGUCUGCCGCUUUGUUGUACUCGCCGCCUCAACCUCGGGCGGGAAGGGAAGGGCAAGGCGGCUGCGCCUCCGCCUCCUGACGCUCAUGGCGACAGUGGGCACAUCCGGGCUUUUCUCCAUUCGGCGUCGUGAGGCGCGUCCAGCCCGACUCCAUUAGAGGCUCUCUCUCUUUCCCUUUCCCUCCCGCGCCGCCCCGUCCCCGGCGGCAGGGAAGGAGGGUUACCGCCGGACUCUCGGGAGGGAUUCCCGGGGGUCAUGUCCAACCAAGGGGCGAGGAGGAACGGGCCCGUCAAGCUGCGACUGACAGUUCUGUGUGCAAAAAACUUGGUGAAAAAAGAUUUUUUCCGGCUUCCUGAUCCAUUUGCUAAAGUGGUGGUUGACGGAUCUGGCCAGUGCCAUUCUACAGAUACUGUGAAGAAUACCCUUGAUCCAAAGUGGAAUCAGCAUUAUGACUUAUACAUUGGGAAGUCAGAUUCGAUAACGAUCAGUGUAUGGAACCACAAGAAAAUUCAUAAAAAACAGGGAGCUGGUUUUCUGGGCUGCGUAAGACUUCUUUCCAAUGCCAUAAACCGCCUUAAAGACACUGGUUAUCAGAGGUUGGAUCUGUGCAAACUUGGGCCAAAUGACAAUGAUACCGUUAGGGGACAGAUUGUAGUAAGUCUUCAAUCCAGAGACCGGAUAGGUACUGGAGGGCAAGUUGUGGACUGCAGUAGACUGUUUGACAAUGAUCUACCUGAUGGUUGGGAGGAAAGGAGGACGGCCUCUGGAAGAAUUCAGUAUUUAAAUCAUAUUACACGAACAACACAGUGGGAGCGACCAACACGGCCAGCAUCGGAAUAUUCAAGUCCAGGUCGACCACUGAGCUGCUUUGUGGAUGAGAAUACACCGCUUACGGGAAUAAAUGGCGCAACGUGUGGACAGGCAUCAGAUCCCAGGCUAGCAGAGAGAAGAGUGAGGUCUCAGAGGCACAGGAAUUACAUGAGCAGGACCCAUCUACAUACGCCUCCAGAUUUACCGGAAGGAUAUGAGCAAAGGACAACUCAGCAAGGGCAGGUGUAUUUCCUACAUACUCAGACUGGUGUAAGCACAUGGCAUGAUCCACGCGUACCGAGGGAUCUUAGCAACAUCAAUUGUGAAGAGCUUGGUCCUUUGCCUCCUGGAUGGGAGAUCCGGAAUACAGCAACAGGCAGAGUUUAUUUUGUUGACCAUAACAACAGAACAACGCAAUUCACAGAUCCACGGCUAUCGGCUAACUUGCACCUGGUUCUAAAUCGUCAGAACCAACUUAAGGAUCAACAGCAGCAGCAGCAGCAGGUAGUAUCACUUUGCCAGCUUCCAGAUGAGGCCGAGUGCCUAACUGUGCCAAGGUAUAAGCGGGACCUUGUGCAGAAACUCAAGAUUCUGAGACAGGAGUUAUCCCAGCAGCAGCCCCAAGCUGGACACUGCCGCAUAGAAGUCUCCAGGGAAGAAAUUUUUGAGGAGUCUUACAGACAAGUCAUGAAGAUGAGGCCCAAAGACCUGUGGAAGAGAUUAAUGAUAAAAUUUCGUGGGGAAGAAGGCCUUGACUAUGGAGGAGUUGCCAGGGAAUGGCUCUAUUUGCUCUCCCAUGAAAUGCUGAAUCCGUAUUAUGGCCUCUUCCAGUAUUCGCGUGAUGACAUCUAUACACUACAGAUAAACCCAGAUUCUGCUGUUAACCCGGAACACUUAUCCUACUUCCAUUUUGUUGGACGGAUCAUGGGGAUGGCUGUGUUUCACGGACAUUAUAUUGAUGGGGGCUUCACAUUGCCUUUUUACAAGCAGUUGCUAGGAAAGCCAAUUACGUUGGAUGACAUGGAAUUGGUUGACCCAGAUCUUCACAACAGCUUAGUAUGGAUACUUGAGAACGAUACUACCGGAGUCUUGGACCAUACAUUUUGUGUGGAACAUAAUGCGUACGGUGAAAUUAUACAACAUGAACUGAAACCUAAUGGCAAAAGCAUUCCUGUCACAGAGGAGAGUAAAAAGGAAUACGUCAGGCUUUAUGUAAACUGGCGAUUUUUACGAGGGAUUGAAGCUCAGUUUCUGGCUCUGCAGAAGGGAUUUAAUGAAGUAAUCCCACAACAUCUGCUGAAGACAUUUGAUGAGAAGGAGCUAGAGCUCAUCAUUUGUGGCCUUGGGAAGAUAGAUGUUAAUGACUGGAAGGCCAACACCAGGUUAAAACACUGCACGCCAGACAGCAACAUUGUGAAGUGGUUUUGGAAGGCCGUGGAGCUCUUUGAUGAAGAGAGGAGAGCCCGAUUACUACAGUUUGUGACUGGGUCAUCCAGAGUGCCUCUGCAGGGUUUCAAAGCAUUACAAGGUGCUGCUGGUCCAAGGCUAUUCACAAUUCAUCAGAUUGAUGCUAGCACAAAUAACCUGCCAAAAGCUCACACAUGCUUCAAUCGAAUAGACAUUCCUCCUUAUGAAAGCUAUGAGAAGCUCUAUGAAAAGCUGCUAACCGCCAUUGAAGAAACAUGUGGGUUUGCUGUGGAAUGAACAUUUGCAGACUUACCUGGGACUGUAUUUAUACUCUGUCAAGCAGAAAAUCCUCUCCUCAGCCAUGACACAGUUAAAUGCUUGAAAUAUAGGAAACCCCCCCCCCUUUUUCUACUUUAGGACAAUAUGAGGGAAAGGACAAUUUUUGGAGUUCUUCAUUCAAGAAAAUGUCCUGUGGCUCCUGCCGAGGAAUCAUUCAGCUGCUAUUAAAAACAAGUAUCUUGAAUAUACAGAAUGCUGACUUUUCCUUCCUUUCAACAGCAGUAUUCUUCUCUCAAAAAGACGACUACUAUUUUUGUAAAAGGUGAUCUGAUCUAUUUGCUUACCUGAUUUCUAUUCUCACAGGUCCAAGAUAUAGCUGUCGGUACAAGUCACGUUCCAGCCUACUUAAGUAAACAUGUGAUACUGAACAGCAUCUAUACCUGCUAUUUUUUUAAAUAAAAUAUUUUGAUUAUUCUAAUUUUUUCAUAUAAUUGGCUAAGCAAAUCAUAACCCUUUUAAAUUAAGGCCACUUAACGUACAAACUGUUUUCUUAUAGUGAAUGAUUUAAUUCUCUGUUAUGAGUUAAACUUCAAUGUUACUUGUGUAAGGAUUUUUAUAUUUCUCAAGCAUGAAUUACAGGUUUUGACUCCUGUUUUUCUCUUGUCCAGUUUCUUUAGCAGAAUCCUAGUCGGAGUUAACUUGCACUGUAUUUGGUACAGUACUUUGUGGUAAAUGUGGAAACCCCCCCUUUUUAAAGCAUCUAGCAUUUUUUUAAAUGAGCAUUUUUGUAAAAAGUCAAUACUUGAGUUUGUUUUUUAAUUUGCUUUCCAUUUUAAAUGGAACUUGCUGCAUUUUGUAAACUCCUAAAUGUAUGUUGAUGAUAUCAACAGCCUUUCAGCCAGGUCGUCAGUUCAUUUUUCAAAACUCUCUGUGGAUGUCAUACCAACCAAAGUUUUUCUGUUCAGAUACAGUGAAUCUGCAUUGUAUAUUAGUUGUUGCAAAACAAUAUUAUCAGGUUAAAACGUCUUUAUUUUAAAUGGCUUGUGACAUAUGGGUUUGUGCUAGCUACAACUAAGGGAAAAAAUAGUGAUGCAAUGGACUUAAAAGCAGAGCUUCUGUGAAUUUUCUAUCUGAAAUGCAAAUAAGGUGUGAUGUGCUCCAAUAAAUAGCUGACUGGAGCACCCCAGAAAUCAUCCUUGCAUUGAGGGUAAAUAUAUGCAAAAUAGUUAAAAUAAAGGGGGCAGGUUUAGAUGAAAUAUAUUGCACUGUUAAUCGGCAGUCAUGCGAGGAAUUAUAUAUCACUAACUAAAGUGGUUGAGCUUGUAACAUGGGGAUAGCUCAUAAGUACACUUCUCUUUGCAAUAGUGUGUUCAGUUGCUGUGAAAAGUGCAGCCUCUCUUGUCGAAAUCAUUGCUGGCUGUUUCUGGUAUGCUGGCAAACACCAAUAUUUCUUCAUAGUUUUAUGUACCCUACUGUGUGGAGAGGAAAGCGGAACUUGCAUGUGCGAACUAGCUCUCGCUGAACAACAUUGAGAACGUCUAGCGAACUUUCAGCACAGUCGUUCGGUUGCUCAUCUUCUAGUGCAAAAGCAAGGAAUGACAAACACAGCAAGGCAUAUGGUAGUAAUUAAUCACAAGUAACCAUCUAAAACCACCCACUUUUUCUGUGUGAAUGAUCAAUCAAGAGUGGCAAGUAUAUGGAGGCAACAGAUUGAAAACUAUUAGCGCAGCCCUGCUUGUCUUGAAGGUUUCGUUGGAGAUGGCCUUUUUCCUUGUCUAAAAUUGGGAUAAGAGAAAGCAAGUCAAAGGACAUUCACUAGAUGUAGAUGUGUGUAGCCUGUUCUGACUUGAAUCCGGCAAGUUGUACGUUAACAAUCAGUCUUAUAGGCUCAAGAUGUAGAAUUGGGAGAGGCAAGGAUGAACAAUCAUUUCCAUUUGUCGCAUUGGUUCUGAAACAGCCUCGCUCCUAUGUCGUAUUGAAUUAUGAAGCAAUUACACAAAUUAGCCAUAGUAAAAAUAAAUUAAAAAUGGUGACAGAUGGGUCUGUUUAUGGUUAGAUUGUCCAGCAUUUGGAAUAGCUAGAUCUGACUUCGUCUUCCUUUGUUCAUGGACUGCAGCAGAACUGUAGGUCUACAUUGAUAGCUCUGAGUAGACUUAAGGUGGAUUUUGGAAUGCAAGCCUAAGCCCCAGUUAGGGGAUCUGUUCUGGUUCUGGUUCUAGGCUGGCAGAUGUGAUCCUUUCUAUUGGAGCAGAUCCAUCUACUUCCACUGUUCUUUCAGGUUUCAGGAAUAGCAUUGCAUUGAUUUCUCUCUAUUGUUGUCUUAAAUUAAAAGCUGGUACAGUACUGGUUUCCAUAUCCACAGCCGUGCGCGGCUACUGUUCUGCUUAUCUUUCAGGAGUUGUCAUUCUGCCUGUGCACAGGUUGAUGUAGGGCUUCUUGUUAACCAUGUUUUGUACCAGGCCUUACUUGCUGCUUGUCAGCUGUGUACUUCCUUCUCUGAAAAAUUAUCACUUGAUUCAAGAUGAUAGCCUCACCCUUACCUCAUAGGAAGAUGCCUCUUGUUCUGCAUCAGAUUGUGCUGAAUGUUGUGGCCUCAACUGAUGACCUUUGCUCAUCUUACAAUAUCUUGUAUUAUUUAAUUAGGAGAUGUAGCCUAAUAACCACAGAAUGAUUAACGAGAGCCUGUGACAGACCACAUUGACAGGUCUCUGCGAAGGAGUUUGCGUUACAGGGUUUUGAUAAGGCAGACUCGAGUCGAGUCUAAGAUCAAAACUUGAGAGCAAUUUCAUUGUUGUCCUGCUUUAAACACAUUGUGUCCAGAGAUUCUUCCGUCAUUACAGGGCUAACUUUGCAAAAUCUGAUUCUCACUAAUAGGCAAAACAAAAACAUUUCUGCAUAUUGCUUUGACUGCUACGCUGAGCAGUCUGAUGCAAAUUGAAUAUCGGGUCUCCUGAGUGCCUUCUUAUCUGCAUAUCCAUUAAAAUGCUUUAAAUCACACAACCUGUCAGAAGCUUCUCUAGACCCAUUGAGUGUAGUCCCACGGCCAUGCCACUUUUCCCGUCGACAAGUGCUAAACCCAAUAUUAUGUUAAGACCUUUGGAUUCUCAACCCAGAUUUAAAUGUGAAUAUUUAUUUCCAGCUUGUCCCUCUUCCUGCACGGUUUUUUCAUCCAUCCUAAAUUUGCAUUAAGUGGUUAAGAGAGAUGCUUUAAAUGGUUAAGAGAGAUGUCACCUCACAUUUCCAUGCUUCCUUUUCAGAAAUGAAUGUUUUUAAAUAUAGUGACUAUUUUGUAGGAUUCAGAUAUACAGUACUCAUUUGUGUUUCAGAUUUAAUUUUUAGAUGUAAAGUUUUGUAAUGGUGCUUUGUACAGUAUGUAUUCUAUUUUUUUGCACAUAGGUUCAGUUUCCCUAAACCGAUUAUAUUUUUACCAAAAUGUUGUGUUGUACUAGAGUCCAGAGCACACAGGAUGCCCCCCCAACACUACAUCUGUUAAACCUCUGGUGCAUUAAAACUGGCUGCAUUAAUGGAAGUAAAAGUGUUGCUUCUAUAUCAUACAUCAAAAUGUAGCAUGACCCCGUUGCUUCAGACUUUAAACCGCACCAUAUAGUUAACAGGUGCAGUUUGUACUUAACACAAUCUCUUUAUUAGAUUUCUGACUCUGCCAAAUUCUAAGAGCUUUGUCUAUAGCUAAAACUAGUCUAUAUUUGGUAUGAUUUUUCCUUCUUCCACAGACUGACAGGUGGGUUUUUAUUAGUUGCAUUUCUAUUGUAUUUAUUGCAGAGUGUUUUUAGCAUUGAUAUACAUUGUAUUUUCACCAAGCUGUUACAUGAGCUUUAACAAUACAUCUGUAUAAAAUGUUUUUUUGUUUUU